AUGGAUGAAUUACAAGCGCAUCUCCAGCAGCUGUCAGACGAAUACACCAAGCUUCAGCAAGAUCUCGACGCGGCGGUUCAGUCCAGGCAAAAGCUCGAGAGCCAAAGGCAGGAGAAUGAAUCGGUUAAGAAGGAGUUUGAUAGGCUGAAGGAAGGCGAGACUAUUUACAAGCUCGUUGGUCCUGUGUUACUGAAGCAGGAGAAGUUUGAGGCUGAGGGCACGGUGAAGGGACGGUUGGAGUUUAUUGGAAAGGAAAUUGACCGGGUGGAAGACAACAUCAAGGAUAUCCAGAAGAAGAUCGAGUCUAAGAGGGCAGAACUGAUUCAAGUCCAGGCGGCAGCGCAACAAGCGGCGCAGGGUGGUGCCCCCGGUGGAAAGGGCAAAGAGGUAGCGACAUAG